AUGGCACGGAAACCUAUUCUUCAACUUCUCCUGGUGCUGUGUGUUACGUUUGUUGCUGCUUCCUCCUUGAUUUGGCUAUUAUUUCCUGCAAAUGCACAAGACGAGGCCCUCGUAGCUGCCAACAGUGGUCAGCCACGAGUCUGUCAACAGAAUGGUGUCCAGGGUGACUACUUCCUGGGUGUUGGGAAGGCUGAUAUAACUGGGCCUGUUGUUGAGAUCAACUUGAUGGGAUAUGCUGAUACUGCUCAGUCUGGAACUGGACUUCGGCAGCGUAUCUACUCUAGAGCCUUCAUUAUUGGAAGUGCCUCAAACCAUUCACGCCGAAUAGUCUAUCUAGUGCUUGACACCCAGUCUGGAGAUACCGCUGUUCGUGAUGGGAUACUCGGAAAACUCAAGGGGCUGGGUCCUGAAUACGCCGCCUACAAUAAAGACAAUGUGGCCGUAACAGGUACUCACAGCCACAGUGGGCCUGGUGCUUGGUUGAAUUACCUCUUGCCUCAAGUUACCAGCAAGGGCUUCUAUAAAGACAGCUAUCAGGCCAUCGUAGAUGGUUCCGUGCUUGCAAUUCAGAGAGCACACCAAAGUCUUGUUCCCGGCCACCUCAGCAUAGGCGAAAAGCAGGUCACAGACGCAAACAUCAACAGAAGUCCUUAUGCUUAUCUUCGAAAUCCCAAAAAAGAAAGGGACAGGUAUGCCGAUGAUGUAGACAAGAACCUGACCAUUCUACGAUUCGAGAAGGCCUCUGAUGGCCGACCAAUUGGAAUUCUGACCUGGUUUCCGGUUCACGGCACAUCCCUGUAUCAAAACAACACGCUUAUUACAGGUGACAACAAAGGGGUUGCGGCCUACCUGGUGGAAGAGUCUGUCAAAAAAGAGAAUCCCGGCUUCGUGGCCGGGUUUUCCCAAGCGAACGUGGGCGAUACGUCUCCCAACGUUCUUGGGCCAUUUUGCGAAGACACGGGCCUUCAAUGUUCUUUUAACGACAGUACUUGUGAUGGUCAGACUCAACCAUGCCACGGGCGUGGGCCCUUGUUCCGAGCCAUUGAUCAAGGUACUAAUUCUUGCUUUGAAAUUGGACAUCGACAAGCUACUGCAGCAAAAGCUCUUCUCGAAAGUGACAGCCUCGAAAGGAUUCCAGCCUCCACCAUAUCUUAUUUUCACACUUACACAAACUUCUCCUCUUUUAGUUUCACAUCGCCCUUUAACCAAUCUCGACAAUUGAGAACCUGCUCUGCAGCACUCGGCUAUGGCUUCGCAGGUGGGACUACCGACGGUCCAGGCGCAUUUGAUUUCUCUCAAGGGACAAACGACACGGAUGACUCGCCAUCCCUUAAAAAUCCACUCUGGAAGCUGGCUCGAGGUUUCAUUCACGAUCCUACCGAUGAGCAAGUUGCCUGCCAGAAACCCAAGCCUAUCCUGCUCGAUGUGGGAGAAGCCCAUCGUCCGUACGCCUGGUCUCCAAACAUUGUCGACAUACAGCUGCUCCGAGUCGGCCCGCUGAUCAUGAUCAUUAGUCCUGGAGAAGCCACAACCAUGUCAGGCCGGCGGUGGCGCGAGGCACUGGCAGCCGCCGCGCCAGAUACUCUCGGGAUCAGUGAACCAAAAGUAGUCCUUGGAGGACCAGCUAACACGUAUGCUCACUAUAUCGCCACGGAAGAAGAAUACGGCGUACAGAGAUACGAGGGUGCAAGUACGUUAUAUGGCCCGCACACGCUUGCAGCUUAUGUCAACUUGACUCUCACAUACCUUCCAUAUCUGGGCUCGGAGGACGAAACGUCAUAUUUGGACCGUCUCCCACCAGGUCCCAGCCCUCCCAUCAACGUCAACACUUCACUAUCGUUUAUCAACCCUGUCAUCGUAGAUAAUCCUGCUCUGCUAAAAAGAUUUGGCGACACACUCGAAUCUCCCGAUCCAGCGAAACAAUUCACCCCUAGAGCAACCGUAACAGCCCGUUUCGUAGGUGCAAACCCACGCAACAGUUUCCGCCUUGAAGGCACAUUUGCGGCGGUGGAGAAAUUCGACGCUAAGGCUAGCCAAUGGACCGAAGUGCGAUCCGACAGGGACUGGUUCCUUGUCUACCACUGGAAACGCGUCAGUACCGUGCUGGGAACGAGCGAGGCCACAGUUGAAUGGGAGAUCGAACCACAUACGGAUCCCGGCAUGUACCGCCUAAAAUACUACGGCGAUGCGAAGUCUCUGGGAGGGACAAUUACUCCCUUCGAAGGUACCAGCGGCGUCUUCAACAUUGGAGCUACUUCUGACAGUGAUGGAGGGUCGGCAGCGACGCUGAGAGAUGAACUCUUCAGAUCAUUCUGA